GGGAUACCAAGUUACAGAUAUAUGCGUCACGUGACCUCAAUUAAUGAUUAUUCAAAUAAGAUGAACCAAUAUAUUUGAAUAUUUUCUCCGCAAAAGUUUGUUUAGAGCAGAUUUGCCAAGAUAGGAAACGGUCUUAAAGAAACACUUAUAGAAGGACAGACAGUUCGAGAGCAGUGCCUGUAAAGAGGAAGCAAUCCAGGUUGUGACGAAGAACUGUGUUUACAAGUUCAAGGUACUGUACGAUAUUUCACAGGAUUAUCUAAAAUGGAGUCUGUGCUUGAAAUUACCCGUGACAAAACUAGUCGUUUUCUGCAGUAUAUGAAUGAUCGGAUAAAUGACCCUGUUCAACAAAGACGCUUGAUCCUUAUCAUUGUAUGCAUUGCGCUGCUCCUGGAUAACAUGCUCUACAUGGUUAUCGUGCCCAUCAUCCCUAUUUAUUUAGAUAAAUACUUCGAUUCAGAGGAGCCAAAGACAGGAAGUGAUGUUAUAAAUGGUUCAGUGUUUUACAACUAUACUCAUUCGUUGAACACUACUCUCUCUAACAUAACAACAACGCUACCUACCACAACGAAGAGUCCAUUUGCUUAUGCAGAGGGCGGGGGUGCUAUCGGUGUCCUUUUUGCGUCGAAAGCCAUAGUACAAUUUUUCAUCAAUCCGUUUACUGGGGCGUUAAUUGACAGGGUUGGAUAUGACCGACCUUUAAUGAUUGGAUUAUCAGUCAUGUUUUUCUCUACGAUUGUUUUUGCUUUCGGUGAAAGUUACGCUGUUCUCUUUGCGGCCAGAAGUUUACAAGGGGUGGGCUCUGCGUUUGCCGACACCUCAGGUCUAGCCAUGAUUGCAGAUAGAUUUCGAGACGACUCCGAACGUACAAAAGCUCUUGGAAUAGCCCAGGCAUUUAUAUCAUUCGGUUGUCUGGUUGCACCACCUUUUGGUGGAGUACUUUUUGAAUUCGCUGGAAAAGUGGUUCCUUUCAUAUUUCUGUCAUGUUUGUGUUUGAUAGAUGGCAUCCUUCUUUUAUUUGUCAUGAAACCUGUCAGGAAAGAACGAGAAAUAUCACAAAAAGAAGGUCUAAAAGGCACUCCAAUUUACAAACUACUGAUAGAUCCUUAUAUCGCCGUAGCUGCAGGGGCUCUUGCAAUGUCGAAUGUGGCUCUUGCUUUCUUAGAACCAACCAUUGCCUUAUGGAUGCAAGGCACAAUGGAUGCUGCUGAAUGGGAAAUAGGCUUUGUAUGGCUUCCCGCUUUCUUGCCUUAUAUAGGGGGCGUAUACCUAACAGUAAAGUUGUCAAAAAACUAUCCGAAAUAUCAAUGGCUCAUAACUGUUGUAGGGUUGGUACUAGAAGGAACCUGCUGUCUGGCUAUCCCUUUUGCCAAGCAAUUUUUUGUGGUCUUAUUUCCAAUAAUGGGUUUGUGUUUAGGUGUGGCGCUUGUUGAUACAGCAAUUUUGCCAACACUAGGAUAUCUUGUUGAUCUAAGAUAUGUAUCAAUCUACGGAAGUGUUUAUGCUAUUGCUGACAUAUCUUAUUCCGUGGCUUAUGCACUUGGUCCCGUUAUGGCCGGUCAAAUUGUACAGGCUAUCGGCUUUGUGUGGCUUAAUGUUGCAAUUUUUCUGAGUAAUAUACUUUACGCACCGUUGCUGUUAUGUCUUCGUACAAUAUAUUUGUAUAAACCUGUCGAGAAUGAGCAAGAUGUUCUGAUUGACGACCCACCGUCAAAACAGUACAACACCUACAUACAAAAUGGCGGCUUAUAUAACGGAGACUUGAAAGAAAUUGGAAAUGCAACUGGUCAGAAUCAUUUAAAGUGGGAAACUUUUGACGAUAACGACACGACUCGAGUUUACAAAAAAGCAGAGCUGGACAGCUAUGAGCCAAAAGAGAACGACCCUUCUUUUUCUUUUUAUUGCAAACGUUAAUUGUUGUAUCACACGCAUCGUUAGUCCUGGAAUUUCCUGACUUUUUAUGAAUUAGAUAAAUCAAAGAUUGUUGCUGUACAUUUAGACAUUGUAAUACAUUUAUUAACUGUGGUGCGUCAUUUGUAAAACACGUGAUUAGUUUUUAGUUAUUAAAGGUUUACGAUGGAAAUUUUUAGUUUAUAGAUAAGUGUCAUCAUGAAGCAAAAACGUCACGCAAAAUAUAUGAUCUUAAGAAGAAUAAAUUAAACAUUUCUUGAUAAAUUUAAGGCUAAUCUCAUAAUAUGAUUUUCAUAUAAAUAAUAAAACAAACAAACGAAAGUGAACGACGAUAAUGUUUUCAACAUUCUAGAUAUAAAUAUGUACUGCAAUAUAAAUCCAUUCGUCAGUUUUCAUUUUUUAAUAUCAGUGGUUUGAGAUGUGGCUGUACCCUCUUACAGAAGGAAUUUUUUUUUAUGUGGAAUACCCUCCCCCGGAAAAUGAUAUUAGAUAUGGUUUCAUCCGGAAAUAUUACCCCAAAUUGGAGAUUCCACAUAUAAACUACCUCUGGAGUAAGAUUUCCCCGCGGAAAAUUGAUUCUAGUGUAGAAUUUCCUGUAAGGAGAGUGUUUUCAGGGGGGAAAUGUGCACUUAACAGCGGGAGGUCAU